GGAACCCCACCGCAGGGGACGGCACGAGAUGAUGCUCCAGGCCCCGCAACCUCCCCUGUGGGAGGCGUCGUUCCCCGCCGGGCACCCCGUGCGUGCUUCCCGCAGGGAUCCUGAGGCAGCGUCCCCAGGCCCCACCGGUGUGUGAGGCAGAGCCGAGAGCGAAAACUGCCGCCACAUCACGAGGAGAGGCGUGAGAAGGGCGCUGGGAAGGCCGCCGGGGGCACCACGUCCCGCCCACCGGCUGCCCGGGGCCGCGGGGGGCCGCGCCGCCUUCCCCGGCCGCCUAUAUAGGGGCGGCGGCGGCGGCGGGGCGGUUGGGCGCUGCGGUCCGAGCUCUGGGUUUGCUGUAGAAGUGGCAGAGCAGUCGUUAACUCGGCAUGUCCACCGGUAGUUUGUAAUAGAACCGUGUAAUCACAAAGAAGACACAGGAGUAGGAGGAAAAUAUCUUGACACCAUCCAGGAAGCUGGAGGCUUUUCACUCUGCAAUAAUCAAUAAACAAGUGUGAAGCAUGAGGAUCAACUCUGCUCUUCAGGCUGCUAUUGACCUCACAGCAGGAGCUGCAGGUGGGACAGCCUGCGUGUUGACUGGCCAACCCUUCGACACAGCAAAGGUGAAGAUGCAGACCUUCCCUGACAUGUACAAAGGAGUUGUUGACUGUUUUAUGAAAACCUACAAACAAGUGGGAUUUGGAGGCUUCUACAAGGGGACCACACCUGCUCUGGUAGCCAGCAUUGCGGAGAACUCUGUUCUUUUCAUGUGCUAUGGGUUUUGCCAACAGAUUGUGAGAAGAAUUGUUGGAGUUGACAGGAAAACAAAGCUCAGUGACCUACAGAACGCUGCCGCGGGCUCCUUUUCCUCUGCCUUUGCCGCGCUUGUUCUGUGCCCCACGGAGCUGGUGAAGUGCCGGCUGCAGGCCAUGCACGAAAUGCAGUUGUCAGGAAAGAUAAUGCAGGGACAAAACACAGUUUGGUCAGUAGUGAAGAGCGUUAUCCAAAAGGAGGGACCCCUGGGCUUUUACCGGGGCCUGUCGAGCACUUUGCUGCGGGAAGUCCCAGGCUAUUUCUUCUUCUUUGGAGGGUACGAACUGAGCCGGACGUUCUUUGCCUCUGGGAGAUCGAAAGAUGAAUUGGGUCCCGUCCCUUUGCUGCUCAGCGGAGGCUUUGGAGGCAGCUGUCUGUGGAUUGCUGUGUAUCCUAUAGACUGUGUCAAAUCUAGAAUUCAGGUUCUUUCAAUGGCUGGAAAGCAGACAGGCUUCAUGGGAACGUUUGUAACCCUUGUGAGAACUGAAGGUGUACUUGCCUUGUAUUCUGGACUAAAGCCAACUAUGAUCCGUGCAUUCCUGGCCAAUGGGGCACUGUUUCUUGCCUAUGAGAACAGCCGAAAACUUAUGAUGAAACAGAUAGAUUCUUACUGAUACCUUCUAGCAAACAGAGAAACCUUUUCAAUAAAUGAUCAAAGCCUAUAGGACUCAUAACAAUCCGAGGGCAGUACCAGAUCACUGACUUGAUUUUAGGAGCUCAGUUCCAGUUUAGGAUUUGCUAUCUUUUAAAUUCAAAGUGAUUUUUACGGAGAUGCUUCUUGAAUUGGACUGGCAGGACUGGCUCCAUCUUGUAGAUGUCUUUUCCUGCCUGUAAUGGUGCUAAGAAGACACACUGGUUUUUAACGUUACAGACAGAACAGGCUGUGAUUUGUUUAAGGCAAAGCACUGCUUUAAAGCCUGUGCUGUGGCUGCUGCAUUUCCCGUUUCUUGCUGGCAGUAUCUGAUUCCAAGUAAUUCCAGUCUUGUCUAAUCUUACUGAGUGCACCUGCCUUUUCCUUGCUCCCUCCCACCCUAUGACUCUCCAGGAUCAUUGCCUGGCCUUAUAGAAGUGUUCACCCUCUACUUCCACUAUUCUAUGACCUAUAGCCAAGAUAGGGUUGCAUUUAAGAUUACUGGGUGUAAAGAGUCAAGGCAGAAUUCGUAACAGUUAUUUGCUGCAGGCAGUGCUGAAGUGUUAGUUUAAUUCAGUGAUAUUUAUAACACAGGAGGGCUGCUGGAAACAAAUGCUUGUUCGAAGCAUGGUUGUAACGUGCAAGCUCACAGGUCACCUUGAUAGGGAUGAGUUUGCGUGCUUGAAGGCAGGAAGAUGAACAGAAGGCCAGAGCCAAGUUCUUGAAGACAGCUGACAUCACGGGCUUCAAUUUAUUCCAAUUGGAGCCCUGUCACAUGUGCCACUUGCUGCAGCUCUUCAGCUGGGUGGAAACACAGCCUUGGGCCAUUGACAUCACCCUUAGGCCUGGAUGGCAUGUCUGCCUUCCCCAGUAUUUGCUUAAAUAUGCAACUUCAGGCCAGUUAGUGUUACCCAAAAUGAGAUCGUAGCAUCUAUUUUUCUAGUUGCUCCCCUCCUUUUCUCCUCAACUCACCUGUACAUGUGGGAGUAACACCACACAGAGUCACCUCUUAAAAAGGAGCUUAUGGCAAAGGCUUGAAUAAUUCAGGUACAAGGGGUAGGAUUUCAAGAGUCCUAAGCUUCCUCCUUUUUAAAGUUGUUUAUCCAAGAGAAAUAAUAUCAACUUUCUUGAUUAUUACAAGCGCAUACAAAGAUAACAGAAUCCAUAGCAGGGGAAUACUGAAAUCUAAUUCUUAGAUUUGUCUUUGCUUUCAUUUUAUAAAGCUGAGUUGCAAUGUUUAAUUACUAUAUAUAUAGAGGCUUCCAAGAGAAGCAGGAGUUUAGAACCACUGACAGCAGGAAGCUGGUGGCAGGAACAGAUGUGCAUUGAGAGCUUACCUGAACCAAGCGGUAACUUCUACAGCUGCACUUAAGCUGCACACAUGGAGUUGGUUGUUCAGCUGAGAACUUCAUAACGUUGUUACAGGAAUUCAUGGCAAUAAAGUUUGAUUAACUGCCUGGCA